GAGUCGAAUGAAAAUGAACACACGGAAUGUCUGCAGUGUCGCUUGCUUUAUAUGUGUAUUACAGUUAGCUGUGUUGCGUUCUGAAAAUGUCCCGGAAAGAAAUGAAAAGGAAAAGCGAAUUCUUUUGAACGAUCCUAAUCUUAUAAAUUCUCAAAUGGAAGCUCUAAAGAGGGAAGUCCAAACACUGACAUCACAAUUGUCCAAUCUACAAUCUACCUACCAAUCAAAAUUCGACAACCUACAGUCAACAUACCAAUCAAAAUUCGACAACUUACAGUCAACCUACCAAUCAAAUAUUGACAAUCUACAGUCAACCCAACAAUCCGAAAUGACGUUGCUGAGGGAUAUGAUAACACAGAGCAACCACGGUACAACGUACAUCAUUUGGGGAAAGAAAACAUGUCCUUCAAUAAACGGAACAUCUACGGUGUACAGUGGAAUUUCGGGAGGGAGAGAUUACACGAUAUCUGGAAGUGGAACGAAUACACUAUGUUUGCCACAUAACCCAGACCCCACACCCUCGGAUUAUCCUAAGGCAUAUCAGAACAGCGGAUUUGAUGCCUGGGGCACAAUUUAUGGAGCGGAGUACCAGUUUACAUACAGAAACAUUGCUGUUGAUGACGACGUCCCUUGUGCUGUAUGUUUGUUGACGCAUGCGUCAACAAUGAUGAUUCCCGCCAAAACAGCGUGUCCAACAGGUUGGACGACUCAAUACAGUGGAGUUCUGACUACCGAAGACGAUGAUCACCAUGGAUCUGACUUCCUUUGCUUGGACGGAAAUCCGGAGUAUAUGACCGAGGGAUCCCGAAUGAAAGAUUACAAUGGAAAACUGUUCUACCCUGUUCGGGCAGUAUGUGGAUCUUUGCCCUGUCCACCGUACUCAAGCCACCAACUUGUGUCUUGUGUUGUUUGUUCAAAAUGA